ACAGCGUGUUGCAGCCUGCGGGGAAGCAGGAUGUGAUUCAGUUUAUCUUGGACUGAGACAACAGAGACUUUAAACCAGUGAGAGACAGACAGUGGGAGAGGACAGAGCGCAGGGCAACACUGGGGCUAUCGGAAUCUGACACACACAACACAGAAAGUCCAAACUACGUGCUGGAAAAAGCAUCCACAUUUCUUUCAGUAUGAAAAACCUCAGUGGUUCAAAUUUACCUCCCACUGUCGGUGACUCGAACCCUGAGAGUGACAGCGUCGUGAGCAAUGACUUCUCCACAACUUUCGGUGCCCUCAUCCUGGGCCUGGUCUUCCUCCUUGGUGUCCCUGGAAACUUCUUCAUCGUCUGGAGCAUCUUGGCGCGCAUCCGACGGCGCUCAGUCACCGCCAUCCUCAUCCUCAACCUGGCAUUUGCCGACGGCUUCCUCAUGUUCCUCACCAUCUUCUUCAUCAUCUACCUGGCAAAGCAGACGUGGGUCUUUGGUGCAGCCAUGUGUAAAGGGAUGUUCUACCUGUGUAACUCCAACAUGUACGCGUCCAUCUUUCUCAUCACGCUGAUGAGCGUGCACAGGCUUGUAGCUGUGGUGUUUCCCAGGAAAGUUUCCCUUAUCGCCAGUAAGAAGAUUGCCAGGAGGGUGAUUGUUGUCAUGUGGGUGCUGGUGAUGCUCAUCGCCAUCCCCUCUGUGGUGUUUCGGGAUGUGAGGAUCGACAAGGAUGAAAGGAAUAAAACGAGAGUGGUGUGUGCACCCAAUCACACCCUUCCUCGACAUGUACGUUUUCAGUACGCCCUCGAGACAGUGGCGGGGUUCAUUCUUCCUUAUGCAAUCAUCAUAACCUGCUAUGUUCUGAUCCUGCGACGCCUGAGGCAGACCAAGUUCAAGCGAAGGAUCCGCAGCGAGAAACUCAUCCUGGCCAUCGUGGUGAUGUUUGGCCUUUUCUGGCUUCCGUACCACGUCAUUAACAUGAUACAGGUUGCUGCUGAAUGGUACCCAGACAAUUCACCAACCAGAGAAAUGUUGGAACACAUCUCUAAAUCCAGCCGUGCCGUCACCUCAGCUUUGGCCUUCAUCAGCAGCUGCGCCAAUCCUGUGCUCUACACCUUUGCUGGGAAGUCCUACAUCAAGAAGAAUGGCCUGGCCUUCAUGGCCAAGCUCUUCGAGGGCAUAACAUCAGACCAGGGAGGGAACAAAAAAAGUCGCGUCCUGGGCAAAGACACCUUAGAUACCAGCAACAUCCAAGCAAACAGCUCAGCGUCGCAAUCUGGACAAAAUGGUAUAUGAGACUGAAACGUGUGUGGGUUUUGUUUAAAGCUGCCUUGGUGGGUUUAAAGAAAAUAAGUGUUUUGAUUUGUAGACAGAGCGUUUAUGUUUGACUGGAAGAUGGCACACAAAACUGUUUUAUGUAUAUAUGAUGUGUGUAUCAGGAAUGUAAAUAUUUGUAUUUUUAUAUUGCAUUUUGUGGCUGUUAACGAACAUCGGAAACGUUAUAUACUAAAUAAUUACAGCAUUUAAUGAUCUACUUAAAGCAAUUGCACUGAAGAAAAUUAUUGCUUAACUGCAAAUAUAUGAAUGUUUCAUAGAGUUAAAACACUGUAAUGUAGUUUUGUGCAGCUCUGACAGUUUUAAUUUUAUAUGCACAAUAGUUAACUGUCAGCCUAUAGGUUCUAUCAAUCUGUUUUUACCAUACUGCCUCUACAACAGGAGUCAUACGCAUUAACUCCAUGCACUUCAGCUCAAAACAGGCAUUUCCUGUGACCACCAACAAGCCUUUUAAAUUUUAAAGAAAUUGAUUGCUCUAUAUGUGUUCUCAUUUUAGGCCAAAGACGUAACCUGCUCACUUUGUGGAUUAGAGUUUAUCUAGUUCAUUUCAAUGCACUGGGUUUGCCGAACACUUUUUGUUAAAGUCCAAUCUUUUGCAGUGAUUCAGUUUUUAUUUGAGAAGUGUGGAGCUGGAUUUCAACACAUAAAACCUUUGACUAAUGACUGUGGUAAUAACAUAACUGUAUAAAACUUCAUCUCACUCUCACAAUUUGUAUAACUGUACAUUCAAGUUCAGUCAUAAACAGUAUUUAUACAAUUUGAUCAGUGCCGUUACCAGAAAUACAUAACGUAAAUAUGCUUCAUACAGUUGAAUUACUUCAAAUGCACCAUAUCCUUUUAAUCUUCAUAACCACAUUUUAAGUUGACCGAUUUUGUUCCAUAUUUGCAGUCACAUUUGAUUAAAACUGUUCAAUAAAAGGCCAACAUUUAA